AACUUUUGCGCUUUCCCGUCACGUUGCCGGCACGUGACGUCCUUACACCGUGGCAGUUUGUUUUUAUCGUCACGGUUUCGUUUUUUGUUGUUGUUGCUUCUUUUGCUUUCGGGACAGUUUGCUCAUCGUCGUUUAGGUUCGUGAUGAUACACUUUACAUUAACAUGGCUAGUAAAUUAAAGAAUGUCACCGUUUAGUUGUUUCGUGAGUGUUCUUGUCGUAUUGCGCCAUAUUGCGCACUUUUUUGUUUUGUCUUUCGUUUUGGCCGAAAUUAUUUAUUCCGAUCAUUCCGAGCAAUCGGCGUUCAAUGACCGGCAUGAACUGUGGCGCACGGAAGGUCGUGUGAUGUGCGCGAAAAACUGGUGCAGCGUGCGUUUGGCUGCCUCUCCGCGAUGAUGCAUACCGCGUGUUGCCGUUGCAUCACUGCACUGCACUGCGUUUCAUCAUCGUUCUCUUGCACUGUUCUGCCUGUCCGCGACUUUCGCUCCGUGCGUGCGCGUAUUGUUAUUAUUUGCGUGGCAACCGCAGCAACGGGGGCACUAGCAAAAGAACGCAAAGAAACCACCGCUUGCAAGUCGUUCUAGCGUUACAGUAAAUGACUUGCUUUACUCUCUGGGUGUGAUUGAACUUAGAGCGGAAAAAAAGAAGCAACCGCGGGCGUAUAGUUUUACAGCGAUGUAGCUGCAGUGAAAACAUGUGUGAAGCAUUGUGAGGAAGCAUAUUUAUUGCGAGUGUGUGUUAUCAUAGAAGUGAAGAAAAAGUGUUACAAAAAAAAAACAACAACAACUUGCACCUACUGUUUUCCGGCCAAAGGUGGUGGUGGUGUGUGCGUGUGUGUUUUGUUUUGCGAUGUGAAUGUGUUUGCAGUGAUUGCAGUGUUGCAGUGCGUCCGGACAUAUUUGUGUCCAGCAGUAAGAGUCAAGCAAUGGGUGUGAGUGUGUGUUAUUAAUUUAUAUUCCACUUUAUUUGGAGAAAGCGAAAAAAGAACGCAACCGCGCGCGUCGCACGCUGUUCUGCUGUCAUUUGCUGCGAUACGCAACAACGCCAGAACGCGCGUAAGUGUGCGGUGGCCGAGGGCUUUCGAAGUAACCUUCCCCGCCCUUUCAAGACCCCCUUUUAAAGCCCCCAUUGUAACUAGCAACGGCAGCAGCGGCGGCAGUGUGUUCCAAUUCCCAGACUCACCUGCAGCAGUCGCUGCACCUUGUCCGAAAGGCCCUCCAGAUGCUUUCACCUGUGUGCUCUUGCCCGUGUGCGUGUGCUGUGUCGUUUCAAGCUAGUGGUGGUGAAGUGAAACCUCAUUUUCAGUUAUAAAUAAAGCAAAAAUUAAAUAACUCCACCAAGCGAGAGAGAAAGAGGGCAAAGGGUUCCGUCAUACAAACAGAGAACCCCGUUAUCCUGUUAUCCCUUUGCACGUGUUUUUGUGUGUGUGUGUGUGUGUUUCACCGUCUGUAUUUGUGCUUCUGUUUGGCGGGUAUCCUAGUGAGAACACCUUUCGCGCUGUUUCGGUCCUGUUGUGGCAAAAGGGGAGGAAGGUUCGGUUGUUUGUGUUGCCAACAGGGUGGUUGAGUGUGUUUGCCGCUGCGUCUGCCGCGUGACCUCGCGUCGUUCAGCUGCUGCUACUGGAAUCCUUGCAAAGGCCAGGACACGUGCCCCCAUAUUUGCGAUUGGCUUCCCGGACUUGUGCGCGCCAUCGAUACACCCUACACACAAGCAGUCGCAAGCAGCUCAAGCAACGGAAGGCGGAAGGAAGCAGACUGAUUAAAGUCCUCAGCCAACGGUUUUCUUGCCGGUCUCAUCUCCGACCGGUUGGCGGGGGGGAAGAAAGUAGUCGGCACACAGGAUCCGCCGGCGGGGAAGAAGCCGCGCACCAUUAUCCAGUUUAUGCGCACACCGGAGUGCUGGCCGCGUACGCAGGGUGUGCGCGUCGUGCUUUCUUCUGUAAUCAUUUGUCACUAUGCGACACCGGUUGCCGAUGCCGGCACACUCGGCGAUGAUUGAUAGUGCGGCGAAAAGUGGGAAAAUCAUCAUGCACAGCAACGACCGCAGUGGAUCAGCAACAGCCAGUUCGCCGCUCGAACGAACGUAGACCACAUCCACAGGUUCUGCAUCGAGACGUUAAAAAAAAGAAGCUCGUUCGUGCGUUUAUGCAACAGGCUUCUACUUUAGAUUAGCAAAGCACGGGUUGAUCUCAUAGUGCUGGAAGGUUGGAAUUAUUAAUCAUCGACACCGGGAACUGCUUCGCCCGCACGCAAGAUGCCGGCCACAACGGUAAAGAGUGAGGCAGCGACUGACCAGCACAACAACCACUGUGAUAAUGAGGAGGAGGAACCGAAAGACAUGAAAAAUGCGCAUCUCAUUAUCAACGAGCUUCGCAACCGGUGCCGAAAUCAGUCCGAGCAAAUCAUGGCCUGGAAGAAGGCGUUCUCGCUACAGCAAGAGCAGAACCACCGGCUGCAGAAGGAAAAGACGGAGCAGCUCAACUAUCUCACCAGCCAGCUGCUGCUGCUCGAGUCGCGCAUCAUGCGCAAGCAGAAGCAGGUCUCGAACGUGAUCUAUCAGCGCGAGCUGACGAUCUACCGGCAGCAGCGGAUCAUCGAAACGCUCUCCAGCCGGCUGAUCGAUCACGGCAUCAUGGACGUCGGCAUGGACGCACCGAUGCACACGGGCGGCAGCGGCAACAGUAACGACUUUGACUCGCUCAACGAUUCCGACUCGGCCGUCGUGCUCGAGGACGUCGAUUCGGACUGCAACAGCUCGAUCUACUUCGGCGGCGGCGGCGGCAGCAGCAUCAGUGGCGGCGGCAGCCUCAAGUCACGCUCCUGCAAGAUGACGAACGACGUCACGAUCGUGCGGUCCAUCUCGGACGCGAUCGAGACGAACUUGAAGUACAACAAUACCCGCCGGUCGAACUGCUUCCUGCGGCGGCCCGAAAUCCUCGAAACCGUGUACAGCGUGGAGGAGGACCCGGAGCCACAGAAUGCGGCGGCCGGUGCGAAUGGGACGGCGGGGAGCGGCCCCGGCAGUGGAUCCACGACCGGGCCCACCUCACCGAAACCGGAUGCGGUCAGCGAGAAGCGGGACAAGUUUAAAAAUCGCACCGAAAAAUGCAUCUCCACCGAUCAGCCGGCCGGGGAAGGGAGCGGCGCACGGCAGGAAGGCACACCGGUCAUCAUUACCAGCAGCAGCAGCUGCGACGUGGAGCCGUCGGACCAGUGCGACAUGACGCCGGUGGCCCAGGGCGGCGGCUGUAAGGUGCAGGGCGCGGUGACGAACUUCAAUCGCGUAAUGUCCAACCACCGGUCGGUGACGAAACCGAAGGACGUGAAGUACAAGCGCAUCAACAAGGCCAAAUCGAAGAGUCUGGAGGAGCUGCGCGGGCGGCUAAAGCACUGGGUCGAGCGGGGCACCUGCAACGUGAACCUAACGCUCGACCCGACCGGCGGGGGGGCCACCGGCGCCGCUCAUUUAACGGGGCAUCUGUCCGAGCACUGUGGGGCGGUGGGCACGCUGCAGCAGAGCGUGCAGCCGCCCCAGCCACCGAACCUGGCGCAAAGCUAUGCGUGACCGGAAGCGAGGGUGCCCGCGCGUGCUCGGGGCAGCAUUUAAUGUGGGGUGUGUGGGUCGGCGGCAACACUCGCUAUCAGCAGCUUAUUUAUUGCGGUUUGGCUUAGUGUUUAAGUGUGCGGCAGGAUGAAGCAGAGUAUGGGAAGGAAUUGAAAUGAUCGUGAAGAUGGUGGGGACCCUACUACGGUCACCUCACACACACACACACUGACUGAGUCAGGUUACCUAAGAGCAGAUAAAGAGCUGGAAAGCAUUGAA